CGAGAACCAAGCUUUCGAGAAGUUCAAACAACAAAAAUUGCCGCCUCUGACGCCACUACACAAGGUGCAUGACGAUGUCAAGCAGGAAGUUGCCGGCAGGUGUUAUGAUUAUCAAGACAAGCUCAUUUUUACUCUGGUCUCACUGGCAGACCAGGAGUGCCAGUCUCUUUGGAAGAACCUCUCCCUGGGGUACACAGACAGUCAGGGUCACCCACUGCUCCGUAAGGAGAUAGCCAGCAUGUACCCAGAGGUCAGUGACCCCCAGGUGCUGGUCAUUGCCCCCCAGGAAGGGAUCUACCUGGCCAUGAAGUCCAUAGUGCAGCUGCUGAUAGAGAAGCAUGGGCCGGAUGAUAUCCAUGCAGUGGUCACAUUCCCUGCUUACCAGAGCUUGUAUGGAGUGUUGAAUAUGCACACUGAGGUUUCAUACUGGAAGGCAGAGUACAAAGAAGACAGUGGCUGGCAGUUUGACUUGAAGCAGCUUGCUAAGCUUAUCCAGCCCAAGACGCGUUUCUUAGUGGUCAACUUUCCCCACAACCCAACAGCAUUUGUGCCCAGUCUCUCCCAGUGGCAGGAGAUCAUAGACCUCUGUAGAGAGAAACAACUCAUCUUGUUCUGUGACGAAAUGUACCGCUUGAGUGACAAUGAUGGAUCAGAUCCAUUACCUUCUGCAGUGUCCAUGUACGAGAAUGCUGUGACGUUGUCGGGACUUUCCAAGACAUUCGGACUGCCUGGCCUGAGGAUUGGCUGGUUGUGCACGCGAGAUGCAGCCCUAAUGGAGAAGAUGGCGGAAUAUAAAGACUAUCUCACCAUCUGCUCAUCCGCGCCCAGUGAGAUUUUGUCAAUUAUGGCGUUGAGGAACAAGCAGAAAUUAAUCGACAGAACUGUUCGAGUGAUACGUGGCAAUCUUGAUGUUUUGAGCGAUUUCUUUCACGAGUAUGAGGAAUAUUUUGAGUGGCACCGCCCAUCAGCGUGCACCACCAUGUUUGCCAGGCUGAAGCCCAAGGCAUUGGCGCUAGGGGGCGGUAGUGCAGCAGGGCUGUGUGAGCGACUGGUGAAUGAGGCGGAACUGCUGCUGGUGCCAGGGAGCAUCUUUGAGUUUGAGGAUAAGUUUGUGAGAAUUGGAUUUGGAAGAAGGAACAUGCCUGAAGCUGUGGAGGUGUUGAGGUCCUUCAUGAAACAACAGACCAGAUAAAUAGGGUGACUGUCUUGUUGUCUUUAACAUAUUAUGUUAUCAUCACAAACAAGUCCAGUAUGAUUGGGUAACAACAUUUAUCCCUCCACACACCCCUUUUUAUGUACUAGUACUGUGGAGAUAAUUUUUUGAUAAAAAAUGAAUAGCAGUUCAUGGCAUUUUGCAUUUUUGAAUUUAAGAAGCUUGAUUCUGUUGGCCAUCAUGUAGAGAAAAAAAUUAUUUUGGGUUCUUGCCCAUCACCCAUAAACUUUGUGCCUUUUUUUGGGAAAUCUUUGGAGUAAAAUCCUUUGGAGAAGUGGUGGAUGGGCAUCUAAGGACUGGGUUUAUUAACAGUUCUGUAUAUAAUGUUUAAAGAAGAAUACCACAAUGCAUUUAUGCUCAUUCUGCCAAAUUACUGUAGCCUAAGAGUAUUUAACAUGAUUUUUUUCAUUUUAAUGGAUUUUUAAAGCCAAGGCUACUACUGCUUAGUUAACUUACAGAAGACAUUUAUUUAACAGUGAACUUAUGUUUCUUGUUAAAAACAGGGUAAUUUUAGUGUCAUGCACAAUUGUUACCUUUUAAAAAUGCCAAAUGGCGUUACAUUUACUAAGAUUAUUUUUAUAACUUCUUUGUUAAGUUUAUAAUGAUUGAAUUUAUGUUUUAAUUAUUCUUAAGAUUUAACAGAACCACAAUGGGUAAUAGAGGUAGUACUAGCACAAUUAUUAUUUUAUGUUUUGUUUGAGCAAAAUCACUGUUAUUCAAAUUAUAA